CUUCCGCCAGAGUUGGUUUGAGUAGAUCACUAGAUGAGGCAUCGACGGGGAGUAUGAUGGAAGUAUAAAGUAGACGUUCUCCUUGUUGACAUUUAUAUGCACAUCUUAGUUAUUCACAAGAUGUAGCUGAAAGGACAACAAUAAGAAUUAUGAAUUAUGACUCGUGAUACUGAUAGCACAGGAACCCAUGCGUUCAUCGCCACAAUCGUACUCUAAAAUGGAUUACGUCAUUGAAGUCUUUUUGAUCCUCGCCAUCGCCAGGGUUUGUUUGGGUGAUGAAUGUUCGGAGACAUUAAACACAGUGAAGAAUGUUACCACUUGUCCAAGAAACAAACAAGAAUGGGAGGCUGGAUCAAGGAGAUUGGACUGUAAUGUAAAAGUAAACAUGACACCAAACUGUGAAAACGCUAGAUAUCAUUGCUUAGUUGAUGCUUCUAGAAAAACAUUGGUGGAAGUAUGCACUGUGCCAAGGAAUUUGAAUGGGUAUUGCCCACUUUUUUAUGAAAAGUACCCAUUUGUUAGGAAUGACUACAAUAGAGACUGCACCAAAGAUAAACCAAUUAAUUGCUCCUCAUUUUAUAGCUCAGCAGAUGCUUACAAAUAUCAAGGGUGUUAUAACAUUUCACAAUGGUCCACCACCACCAAGUCAGCAUCAACACCUAUGUCUCCCUCUGUCACUACUCACAAGAGUACUAUAAUCACAGUUCAGCCUCUGACUAUACCACAGGACAAAACAGCCAAUCAGAAUGAAGAGGAGGACAAGAAUAACAACCCAUGGUGGGUUAUCUUCCCCAUUCUUGCCUUGAUAUAUCUCAUUGUUGUGUGUUAUCUGAGAAUAAGGAAAGACUUUACUUGGUGUAAAGCUUGGUGUUUCCCAAAGUAUGCCAUUGAAUAUUUAUUUAAAAAUAAUACACAAGCAACAGCACCUGCAGAUGAAAGAGAUGUGCAUCAAAAUCCUGAAGAGACUGUACCUAUAAUGUUAGAGUCUGAGGAUCAUGAACACAGGGCAGAAGAUAAUGAGCUUCCUAUGGGUGAGCAAAGCAGAGGAACAGAAAGUAUUGCCCACACCUGCAGUGAAAAUUCCACUAGUUACACAUAUCCAGGUGUUCUUACAAAAGUUCCUCUUCCUGUAUCUUCAACCAUACAGGAGGAUAGACAAGAUGGAGGAGCACAUUCAAAUUUAGAGGAUGGGGAGCUUCAAGUUGAUUCUGAAGAAAUUCAGUUUACAGGUCCAGAAGAAUUUUCUCCCAUGUGUGUGAAUGAUCCUUGCAAUAAUCUGAAUAAUUACACAGUAGAAAGACGAGCUACUGAACAAGAUCAAAGACAAGAUACAUUAAAUCCAAAGAUGGUGGAAAGAAAUAUGGAUGUUUUGGAGAAAGGGUUAGAGAAGGCAGACAAAAGAAUUUUUCAGCUCUUAAAAGAACAAUACAAAUUGGAGGGACGUGUCAAAUAUCUGGAGAUAAAAUUAAACUGCAUAAAACCCUUAAUAGAAAAACUGGAAAAAGACCUCUGCAGAAGACAGACAGAUUCUUCUCAUGAGGCUGGAAAUGGGGAGAGUCUCGAAGAAAGAAUUGAAUUUUUGGAGUCUGCUUAUAUUUGCAUUCUAAAGACAAUUGAAAAAAUUGAGCCAAAUUUUAAUAUUAAUUUGCUUCCAGCAUCAUCACCUGAUACAAACCCAGAAGCUUCCACUUCAGGUGUUGAAACAACUGAUGCUGGAGCAAGUGGAUGUAAUUAUCUGAAAAAAGUAGAAAAGUUGGAGAGCUCUUUACUUCAAAUAGAACAGAGACUCAACAGAUUAUAUGAUGAGAGAUUUGGGAAACAGGGGCAAUUGAAAUCUUUUUUUGCAAAACUGCAAGGACUUGAGUGUGCUGUGGAAAGGCUUGAAAGAGAGUAUGGCUCACAGGUGGGCAACCUUGAAAUACAUGAUGAGAGAACAUUGGUAGACAAAGCUCAAGAGAGACUGGAUAAACUAUUUGAACGAUUAGAAAAUUUAGAUCUCCAUAUUUUGAAAUGAUCUCUGUAAUUUAAUCUCAUUGGGUUGAAGUUUGAUAAGUAGGUCAGCUAGCACUUAAGUAC